GCCGGCUCCGGGAACUGGGCUCUGUCCAUGGGCCGAUGGGAAUGAAUGGACGGGCCCACCUUCCCAAACAAGUAUUACUAAGAGCCUUAGCUGCGCUACACCCCGGUUUGUUUCCUGCUAUAAAACCCGAGGGCGUCGCCUUCCCUUCUGGCUUGCUCAGAGGUAGAGACACAACGGCGAGCUCUGGUCUCGCACAUAGAGUCCGCCGUUAGCAUCACAAUGGCCUCCAAGACCAAAGCCACAGCCAAGCAUGGCUACCACUUCUUUGGCCCAUAUGGAGCCUUUGCUAUCAGCUUCUGCCUCCCUGCACUGCUGUACAUCCUCGCCUUUGCCUGCAACGAUAUUUCGGGCUGCCCGGCUCCUUCCCUCCUCAACUUGCGCUCGCUGAGCCUUGAGACCCUCAAGCAAGAGGUUGGCUGGCCUGGCUUUCGGGGUCUCAUGAGCUGGAAGGCCACCCUCGCCGUCUUUGGCUACCACCUCCUUGGUGCCCUGCUGUACCGCUUUCUCCCUGCCACCGAGAUGGAAGGCACCGAGCUUUUCUGUGGUGGGAAGCUGAAGUACAGACUAAACGCCUUUGCCUCGAGCAUCUGCAUCCUCGUGCUCUGUUUGGCCGGCACCAUAUCUCAGGGGUCCAGCUUCCCUGUGUGGGUUAUCAUUACCGAGGACUACUUGCAGGUCCUCACCGCCAACAUGGCCAUCGCGUAUUUUCUGGCCACAUUCGUCUAUGUUCGCAGUUUCAGCGUCAAGCCUGGCAAUCGUGAACGUCGUCAGCUCGCCGAGGGCGGUCAGACGGGCAACCCCUUUUACGACUGGUUUAUCGGCCGGGAGCUCAAUCCUAGGGUGACGCUGCCCAUAAUUGGAGAGAUCGACAUCAAGGAGUACAUGGAGCUCCGCCCUGGGCUCCUUUUUUGGGCCCUCCUCGACCUCGCCUUUCUUGCCAAGCAGCACCGAAACUUUGGCUUCGUCUCAAACGGCGCCGUGUUCGUGACGGCAGUCCAGACGCUAUAUGUGCUGGACUCCCACUACAACGAGCCGGCCGUCCUUACGACCCUGGACAUCAUCUCCGACGGCUUCGGCAUGAUGCUUUCCUUUGGCGACAUCGUUUGGGUUCCGCUUCUGCACUCGCAGCAGAUGCGUUACCUCUCCGUCCACCCCGUCUCCCUCAGUCCCUGGGGCAUGGCCGGCGUGGCCAUACUGCUCGUCGCCUCGUUCGCCGCCUUCCGCCUUUCCAACAACCAGAAGAACCUGUUCCGCUCGAACCCCCAGGACCCCCGCGUCGCCCACCUCAAGUACAUCGACACCAAGGCCGGCACCCGACUCCUCGUCAGCGGCUGGUGGGGCAUCUCGCGCCACUUCAACUACCUGGCCGACUGGAUGCAGGCCUGGCCUUACUCUCUCCCAACCGGCGCGGCCGGAUAUGUCAUCCUGGCGGCUGGCGGCCAGGGCGACGAUGGCCCGUCGUCCUUCCGGAUGCUGGACGGCAGGGAGGUCGUCCCAGGCCCGGCCCAGUGGUAUGGCGUCGUGUUCACCUAUCUCUACGUCGUCUAUUUUGCUUGCCUCCUGAUUCACCGCGCGAGCAGGGACGACGAGAAGUGCGCGGGCAAGUAUGGUCAGGACUGGGAGCGGUACAAAGCCAUCGUGAGGUGGAAGAUUCUGCCCUACGUGUACUGAGCACCGUUUGCUGGCGGUCUUGGUCGGAGGCUGUCCCAUAUAUAGCCCGGCUCUAGUACGCCCGACUUCUAGGUCGAGCCCCUCGUCAAGCCACACCGGUUUCUUGGCCCGCUCUUAAUAUACGAUAGAAUAGUGGCUUCACAACAUUGACAAAGGUUAUCUUCGGCA